UUUUGUUGUUGAUUUUCUCGCUAGUUGCCUGGUCCACAACAGUCGUUGGUUCGACGCUCAUCCGGAACAUUCAUGUUGGUUGAAAGCUACGCGUGUCCCUAUUGCCUUCUCACUCACUCCCACGCGUCGUAUCUAUCGUUAUCCUGCGGAAGGACAUGCUGUCGUGGUGCUAAAGUGCGAUAAGACUUUUGCGCGUGCAUCUCGAACGCACUUCGCUCAUCUAUUGUUUUCAGUUUUGUCGAAAGAAAAAUGCCCCUUAACGGCUGGCAUCAUCGACUGAGAAGCCGUACUGCGUGUUUUAUCCUAAUUUAUCUAAUUAGUUUAAGUACGGCCGAGCCCAACAAUAAUAGAUACACUAGAAAUUUUCGUGGAGAAGAUCAAGAUCAUCAGUCUUCUUCUAACUCACUAUCGCCUGGAGGGCCCAAUGUAUGUAGAAGUAGAGCAAGAACUUAUUGCUGUCCAGGAUGGCAAAGACAUGCAGCUUUAGGAUUAUGUAUUAUACCCGUAUGUUCGAGACCAUGCAGUCCAGGACAAUGUAUAUCGCCCAAUGUUUGUAUGUGUGAAGGCGGAACAAGAUCUGCCAGUUGUCAAAGCACCAAACAAGUAUAUGGAGGUGAUGGUAGAUCAUGUAGAGCUAUUUGUAUGAACGGAGGUACUUGCGUUGAUGGGCAAUGCAGCUGUGUAGCUGGAUAUACUGGAGAAUUUUGUACUGAACCAAUUUGUGAAGAACAAUGUAAAAACGGUGGAAGAUGUAUUGGUCCAGACCGAUGUGCCUGCGUUUAUGGAUUUGCAGGAAACCAUUGUGAAGUAGAUUACAGGACAGGACCAUGCUAUACUGGAAUUAGAGGCCCAUUGUGCGUUAACCAAUUGGAAGGAGUGGUUUGUACCAAAACCCUAUGCUGUGCCACAGUCGGAAAAGCAUGGGGCCACCCUUGCGAGCACUGCCCUUCACGUUUAGAAUGUGACACUGGAUUUUUGAAAAAUCAAAAGACUGGAGAAUGUGUCGAUAUCAAUGAAUGUGAAGCCAUUCCACAUUUAUGUUCCGGAGGUCAAUGUGUGAACAGCGUCGGAUCGUUCAGUUGUGAAUGUCCACCAGGUCAAGCAAGAAAUCCACAAACUAACAGAUGUGACGACAGAAAUGAGUGCGAAGACGAGGGUGUUUGUGAAAAUGGUGGCUGUGUCAAUACAAACGGAGGGUUCUUUUGUCUUUGCAAUCCUGGAUUUAUACAAAGUCAGGACAAGAAAUAUUGUAUUGAUGGCAGACAAGGUUUAUGUUAUACGUACCGAUCGCCUUCGGGAUAUUGCCGAGAUGAACUCCAAUACAGAUUAUCGAAGAAAGAUUGCUGCUGCGGCCAGCACGUAGGACAAGGAUGGGGCGAUCAUUGUACGCCAUGUCCUGAAUACGGAAACGAGGAGCAUCGUAAACUUUGUUCCACAGCCCAAAUCUACUAUUACACGGUGGAUGGCAAAAAUAUCAGCAGCGGCAGUCAAGUGCCAGAACAAAAAACCAAAAUGUUGAAUACUCUUGUUAACGAGUGCGCUAUCAGACCAACAAUUUGUGGACCAGGAAAAUGUGUCGAUCAACCUGAAGGAUACGAGUGCAUUUGUGAUCCAGGAUAUCGGAAAGGAAAAUCACAAGUGUGUGAAGAUGUUGAUGAAUGCAACGAAGGCAAAUGCGUCAACGGACGUUGCAUCAACACUCUUGGCGGUUUCAAUUGUAUCUGCCCGCCAGGAUUUGACGUUUCUCCAGAUGGUACCAUGUGUACCGACCAUGACGAGUGUGCUGAAAUUGGAAUGUGCACCAACGGAAUCUGUAUCAAUAUGGAUGGAAGUUUUAAAUGUCAAUGUAAAAACGGAUUUAAAUUAAGCCCGACUGGAUUUGCUUGUAUAGAUAUCGACGAAUGUUACGAAAACCCAAGAAUAUGCUUGAACGGAAGAUGCGAAAACACCGCCGGAUCGUACACGUGCCAAUGUUUACCCGGUUUCACUGAAUCUAGUGACAGAACUUUCUGUAGUGACAUGGACGAAUGUGCUACCACUGGUAUGUGUGAUCACGGCAGAUGCAUAAACAUGGAAGGCUCAUUUCGUUGCGUCUGCGACUCGGGAUACCGUCUCGGUCCAGACGGACGUCAUUGCCUGGAUAUAGACGAAUGUAUUAGCAAUCCAUGCCAAUUUGGAAGUUGUUACAACACUCCUGGAAGCUUUAGAUGUGAAUGCCAUUCAGGAUUCAGCUUAGGAUCCGAUGGAAGAUCUUGUUUGGAUACCAGAAGAGAUCUUUGUUAUCAAGAAUACAGAGAUGGUCAAUGCAUCAAUCCAUCCACUACAGCAGUAACAAAAUCGAGCUGUUGCUGUUGCACCAUAAUAAGUGGCAAGCCCAUGGCAUGGGGUCAAACAUGCCUACCUUGUCCCAUGCCUGGAACUACUGAUUUUGAAUUGCUUUGUCCUCACGGACCGGGAUCUACUUUUGAUGGUAACGAUAUUAACGAAUGCGCCCAAAAUCCAAACAUUUGCCUUAACGGAGCCUGUGAAAAUUUAAUAAGCACUUACAGAUGCAUUUGCAAUCCUGGUUAUGAAGUAGACGAAACUGGAAAAAUUUGCACGGACAUUAACGAAUGUGUCGUGGAUGAUGUGAUGUGUGGUGGAGGCCAAUGCAAAAACACCCCAGGCAGUUUCCAGUGUAUUUGUCCUACAGGCACUCAACUUAAUCCGCACAAUUUCGCUUGCGAGGACGUGGACGAGUGUAAGGAAUUAGGCCCUGAAGCUUGUUUCAAUGGAGAGUGUAUUAAUACAGUUGGAUCGUACAGGUGCGAAUGUGAUCCUGGCUCCGUGUUGGAUAACACUGGAAGGAUUUGUAUUGAUAACAGAAAAGGAUCGUGUUGGACCAAACUCAACCAUGGUAGGUGCGAAAAUAACUUGCCGCAGCUUAGCAGAAGAACAGAGUGCUGUUGUUCUAUUGGAGUAGCUUGGGGAUCACCCUGUGAGCGUUGCAACAGAAACGAAUGCGAGUGUCCACGAGGAUACACUAAAGCUGAUGGAAAAGCUUGCACUGACAUCAACGAGUGCGAUUUGAAUCCUGAUAUUUGCCGUGGAGGUGGUACUUGUGUUAAUACCGAUGGCAGUUUUACUUGUACUUGCUUACCUGGAUUAACUAUGGAUGAUACAAGAACUCAAUGUUUGGAUAUGAGAGAAGAACAGUGCUUUACCAAAUACAAGCAUGGAAAGUGCACUUAUGCUAUUGAAGGUUUAUUCCAUAAGGAUUUAUGUUGCUGUUCUUCAGUUGGUAGGGCUUGGGGCAGUAAAUGUGAGCCUUGUCCUAGAUUGGGAUCGGCUGCUUAUGUGGAACUAUGUCCUAAAGGUUUAGGUUAUUUGGACAGAAAAGAUAUAAACGAGUGUACAGAAUUUCCUGGAAUGUGCCAAAAUGGCAGGUGUAAAAAUACCAUAGGAGGCUACAGCUGUAGAUGUAAUAAAGGAUACGAUUUUGAUGAUAAUCGCAUUAAAUGCAUAGAUAUUGAUGAGUGUAGUAUCACGACAACAAACGUAUGUGGUGAGGGUGUUUGUAAAAAUACUGCUGGAGAUUUCUACUGUGAGUGCAACGAAGGAUUCAGAACUUUGCCGCCUAUGCAGACUUGUAUGGAUAUCAAUGAAUGUGAAGAAAUUCCAGGAUUGUGUAGAGGAGGUAGAUGUAGCAAUACCGAAGGUUCUUACAAAUGCGAUUGUCCUCCAGGCCAUGAACUAGCUUCAGAUAAACAAUCUUGCAAGGAUAUCGAUGAAUGUUCUAGAACUAGUGGUAUAUGCUCUAACGGUGUAUGUGAGAAUAUGAUGGGAACUUACCAGUGCAUUUGUAAUGAAGGUUAUCAACAAACUGGCCUUAAAUCUCAUUGUGAAGAUAUCGACGAAUGUGACUUUGAGCCUUGCGACGACGUCUGCGUUAACAUCCCAGGAAGUUUCUCUUGUUCUUGUGGAACUGGCUAUCAAUUGAAUCCAGAUGGAAAAAGCUGCUCUGACAUUGACGAAUGCAAAGAUAAUCCUAGAAUUUGCAAUGGAGGCAAAUGUACAAAUACGAUUGGCAGUUUUAUUUGUCAUUGUACUGAAGGGUUGCUAGCUGGACCAGCUGGAACUUCUUGUCUUGAUAUUGACGAAUGCAAAGUAAAUCCAAAUAUAUGCGGCGCAGGCGAGUGUCACAAUACAUUAGGUUCGUUCCAAUGUCGGUGUGAAGAUGGGUAUUCAGUAAAGCCUGAUGGUGGACUCAAAUGUACAGAUGAUGACGAAUGCUACUUGGGAACGUAUAAUUGCGAUGAAAAUGCGGAUUGUAUCAACAACCCAGGUUCAUACCAAUGCAGAUGUUUGGAUGGAUUUACAGGGAACGGAAUAAGUUGUAGAGACGUCAACGAAUGCUUGACAAAUAAUGGUGGUUGUGAUCAAAAUGCUCAAUGUAUUAAUAAUGAUGGAUCGUUUAGAUGUGAAUGUGAUUCAGGCUUUAAAGGAGAUGGUUAUUCCUGCAUAGAUAUAGACGAAUGCACAAACGACCCCGGCCUCUGUGAAAACGGUCAGUGUCUCAAUUAUCCAGGAUCGUUUAGGUGCGAAUGCGAAAUGGGUUUUAUGCAUCCCAGCGAAGGAAACGAUAAAUCGUGUGUGGAUAUCGACGAAUGCGAUAUGUUCAAUAACUUGUGUGUAUUCGGAACCUGCGAGAACACAUUGGGAAUGUUUAGAUGUGAAUGUCACGAAGGUUACAAACUAGAUGGAUCUGGAGGAAACUGUACUGAUAUCGACGAAUGCGAAAGUCCUCAAUCCUGUCUUUACGGUGAAUGUAGCAAUUUGGAUGGUAGCUUUAAUUGUUUGUGUCCACAAAACUACGAAUUGGUUUCCGAAGGAAAUGCUUGCAUAGAUCGCAGAACUUCAAGAUGCUACCUUCACGUCGAAAGUCAGGGAAGAUGUGACCUACCAACUGCCGAUUAUGUUACAAAAGCUUCUUGCUGUUGCUCGGUAGGAAAAGCUUGGGGGCCAAGAUGUGAACAUUGUCCUAAUCCUAACAGUAUCGAGUAUCAGCAAUUAUGUCCUGGCGGACAAGGUUACAAACCUAACGACCUUACUGUAGUCCUAGAAGACAUUAACGAAUGCGAAGAACAUGAGAAUAUUUGCGAAAAUGGUCAUUGUACAAAUACUUUUGGGAGUUUUAUGUGUUCGUGUAACGAAGGCUUUAGGCUGGAUGAUUCUAAAACAACUUGCCUAGAUAUAAACGAGUGCGCUGAAAAUCCUAAUAUUUGUCCUGUUGGGGAAUGCGUUAAUGAGCAUGGAAAAUAUUAUUGUCAGUGUCCUGAAGGAUAUAUGCCAUUACCAGGAAGAAGAGAAUGUGUGGAUAUGCGUAAGGAUAUAUGCUAUCUUAACUACAGCAGAUGGCAAUGUGCUACACCGAUGACACAAAAUCAAACCAAGAAAGUAUGUUGUUGCUCCAUGGGUCAAGCGUGGGGCCAGCCUUGCGAACCUUGCCCAAUACAAGGCACCAGCGAGUUUUUGUCUUACUGCGGCAACGUUCCGGGCUCCUUUACCAACCCCAUGACAAAUCAAUCAACAGAAAUCAAUGAAUGUGAAGUUAUGCCAACAAUGUGCAGCCAUGGGCAAUGCAUGAAUACUCCUGGCAGUUUCGAGUGUCUUUGCAAUAGAGGCUACAUCUACGACAUUACGUCACAUCAGUGUAUUGAUGAUAAUGAGUGCAACAGAAACCCUUGCAGUGGAAAUGCUCAAUGUAUUAAUCUACCAGGCAGCUUUGAGUGUAAAUGUCCUGAAGGGUACAAGCAUGGGUCUACGUUUUUGGAUUGUGUUGAUGUCAAUGAAUGUAUUGAAAAGCCACAAGUUUGUCAAAGCGGCGAAUGUAAAAACCUACAAGGCAGCUUCCAAUGUCUCUGCGAUACAGGCUAUCGACUAACUGCUACAAGGGAUAGCUGCGUGGAUAUAGACGAAUGCGCUAGGCAUCCAAACAUCUGCAACAACGGCACUUGCAUAAACCUAAUCGGCAGCUACAAAUGUCACUGCAACGCAGGCUUUAAGCUCAGCAAUAACAACGAUUGCGUCGAUAUCGAUGAGUGUCACAUGAUGCCCUUUUUGUGCAGGAACGGUAGAUGUCGCAAUAAUAUAGGUUCGUUUUCUUGUGAGUGCGCUUCCGGCUAUACUCUAUCAGUGGAUGCACAUAAUUGUAGGGAUGUGGACGAAUGUCAUGAGGCUUCCGGCACGUGUCCACCUCCAGGCAAAUGCACCAACGUGAUGGGUUCAUUUAUAUGUACCUGUCCAGAUGGAUACGAGCUAAGUUCGGUUACAGGAUUAUGCGAAGACAUUGAUGAGUGCGCUGUAAAUGCAGGAAUAUGCGAAAAUGGCCAAUGCGUUAAUACGGAUGGUGGAGCUUUUUGCACUUGUCCCGAUGGAUAUAUUUUGGAACAAAGCACCAUGACUUGUAUAGAUGUCAGGCAAGACCAGUGUUAUGACUCUUUCACAAAAGGUACCUGCUCAGAGCCUAGGGGAAUGCAAAUUACUGCUAAAGAAUGUUGCUGCUCAAAAGGAGCAGCAUGGGGAAGAUAUUGCGAAAAAUGUCCCCUAGAAGGAUCACCCGCUUUUCAAAAGAUGUGUCCCGAAGGUCCGGGCAGAAUGGACACCGGAAGCGACCUUAACGAGUGCGAAUUGAUGCCAAAUGCUUGCGAGGGCGGCGACUGUGUUAACACUGACGGCUCGUUCCGUUGCGACUGUUCAACUGGCUACACUUUGGACGGAACUGGCAAAAAGUGCGUCGACGAAAACGAGUGUUACAUUAACCCGAACAUUUGCGGGAACGGCACUUGUUCCAAUUUGAUAGGCGGGUUCGAGUGUGGGUGUAAUGAUGGAUUCGCACCCGGUCCUAUGCAGGUUUGUGAAGACAUCAAUGAAUGCCAAGAAUUAGGCAACCAAUGUGCCUUUAGGUGCCACAACGUUCCAGGUUCCUUUAGGUGCAUCUGUCCUUACGGAUAUGCUCUGGCUCCAGAUGGAAGACAUUGUCAAGAUGUCGACGAAUGUAAUACUCCAGCUAAUAAUUGUCGCUUCAUGUGUAAAAACUUAGUAGGAUCUUUUAUGUGUAUUUGUCCCGAGGGCUACACCCAAGUGGGUUAUGGAGAUGAUUGUAGAGACAUUGACGAAUGCGACACCCAGCCUGAUUUAUGCGAAAACGGACGCUGUAUCAACUUACAGGGGUCCUUCAGAUGCGAUUGUUAUGAAGGAUUUGAGCAUAGCGAAGACGGAAAGCGUUGCAUCGACCAUCGCGAAGGAUUCUGCUACCGCAACCGACAAUGUACAAACAGAUACGAGCACGCAUUUAAAUCAACAAAAGCCGAUUGUUGUUGCUCAAUGGGCGAAGCUUGGGGUCCGCGAUGCGAAGCAUGCCCUACCAGAUAUUCUGUGGAAUACCAAGAGUUGUGUUUGGAAAGUGGAUUUUUGAUCACUGGAGAAGACAUUAAUGAAUGCGAAACGAUACCAGACUUGUGCAAAAAUGGACGAUGCAUCAACACAUUGGGAUCUUAUAGGUGUAUUUGUAAUAGAGGUUUCAAAAGUGAUGGAUCCGGACUCAACUGUAUUGAUAUCAAUGAAUGUGAUCGUUCUCCUUGCCAAUUCACCUGCCAAAACACUGAAGGCAGCUACAUUUGUUCAUGCCCCAGUGGUUAUUUGCUAAAUGCUGACGGAUUGAAUUGUAGAGAUUUGGACGAAUGCGCUACCGGACAACAUUUGUGUCAGCAAAACUGUAUCAACACUGAAGGUAGCUACAAGUGCUCCUGUGAUGACGGUUACACCCAAGUUGGAGACAAAUGUGAAGAUAUUAACGAAUGCGACAAGGCAGGCUUUUGUCCCAAGCCGGGCAGGUGCGUCAACACCCUCGGGAGUUUCAAGUGUAUUUGUCCCAGAAGAUUUAAACUGGACUCUACGGGCACCUAUUGUACCGACGCUGACGAAUGCAUUGACGAUACCAAAUGUGCUGAGGGCUGUCAAAAUUUGGUUGGAGGAUACAGAUGUGGCUGCCCAGAUGGUUAUUCUCUUAAUCCCUAUUACAAUCAAUGUGUGGACAAAAAUGAAUGCCUGAACAGCCCUUGUGGAGGUACAGGCAACUGCUUCAAUACUCCUGGAAGCUUCAGGUGCGGUUGCCCUGAGGGAUACCAAUUUGAUCCUAGAUUGAACAUUUGUGUACAGUCGGCACCCGAAUGUAUGGGAGCUCCAUGCGCUUUCGGAUGUUCAUCCAGCGGAACCGGUUUCUCUUGUGGAUGUCCGCAAGGAUACACCCGUAUCGGACAAGGACAUUGUCUGUCAACUGUCACCCCUGUUAUGGCUGGCUACGAUAUAGGAGAUGUACCAACUUAUCCUAUCGAUGAACGAUAUGCUAGCGGAUCAAAGGACAAACUUAUUACUACUGAAGGAUGCUUUUCUUGUCAGCUCAAUGGCAGGCAUCGUAGGGAUUCUAGGCUGCAAUUACUAAAAUCAGGCCGUAACGAUACUAUUGCCUAUUUAUUCAGAAGAAGGAAGUUGAAUAAACGCGUGCGCAGGCAUAACUAUGGCGAAGAGCUGGAUUUGAAAAUUUCUCUGGCACAGACGAAACACAAAAUUAGGAUAAUUAAAAUACAGCCAUCUGUAAAGACACCAAUGAUUUAUAAUAUAGUCAAAGGUAACGAACACAACAAAUUCGAAUUGAUUAACAAACACGGGGUUUGGGCGUUACAUUUCAAAAGGCGUCUUAAAAAACCUGGCCAAUUUGAUCUUCAUAUUCAUGGAAAACCUAUAGAAAACGAAAACGCGCCAUCUGCAGAUAGUAAUCAAUACGAAAAACCUCUUACUUUGAGGGUAAGAAUAGUUGUUACUGACUAGGUUUGAAAAAAAUGUUUUAGGUAAUUUAUUAAUUAUAAAAAUUAACAUUUUAUUAAGAUUUACUGCCAUAUUUUGGAAAUCAUUGUGUUCUCGGAAUGGUUUUCGACAAGAACCUUUUUUUUUUAAAUAUUGCUUUCUUAUCCUGACAUUUUUCAGUAAUAUUUCCAUAUUCCUCUCUGAGUAAAUUUAUAUUUCAAGCUUUUCUAAUUUGUUUUAUCUGUCGAAAAUUAUUACUAAACUUACUGCCAUAUUUUGCUUUACUCGUAUCAUUAAAAUAAGAUGUGUUCAUUCUAGCUAAAUUUAUUAAAUACAAAUUUUAGUUAACCAAUUAUUUACAUGAUGUUGAAAUUGGUGUUAUAGUAUUACCAUUCAUUUAGGAAUUAAGUUAAGGAAUUAAUUAUUAACGUUGUAUAUUGUUAGAUGCGUUUUAAUUUUUUUUUAAUUAUGUUGUACAAAUUUUCUAUUUUAAGUUACCUACCACACACAAUCUUUAUUUCAUUUCGACUAAAUUGUAAAGAGGCUUUGAUCUAAUAAAUAAAAAAAUAAUAACUCCAUUGUGUUUAAUUUUAUAAAUUAUUUGUUAUACAUUUCUUAUAAGAUGUUAUUCUCGCUUCUUAGUUGACUUUUUUCUACCAGCAGAAUUUUCUCCGGCUUCAGUUGAUUUCUUGAAUUUAUUAAAGCUUUUUUCACUGACGUUUUCAAUGGCUUUUGCUUUAUUU